AUGUCCAACCACCGCCCACACUAUGGCGCAACCGGCGCCGCGCCGUCCCCCGCCUCCCCCCGCACGCCCAAUACCCGCACAUUCCUCCUCCCCCGCUCCCCCGGCUCCAACUUCAGCACCGAAACAGGCCUCACGCACGCCGAACAAGAAGAGUACGAGCGCGGCCUGCUGACAUGGGAGCGCGCGAAGAACUGGCGCUUCUGGCUCCGCUGGGCCUGGGUCCCGUGGUACUUGCUCGGCGGCGUGCUCGCCGCGGGCGUCUGCACCGUCGCGCUCUACCACCGCGAGCUGAUCAUGUUGCUAAUGCCGUUCGCCCGACACAUCCAGCUCGCGCGCUACGGCUGGCUCGUGCCGAUCGGGAUCAUGGUCGUGCUCUCGUUCCCGCCGCUGUUCGGGAACGAGGUCGUCAUCAUCCUCUGCGGCGUGGUGUGGGGCGUGCGCGCCGGCUUCCUCAUCGUCGCGGCCGGCACGGUGGUCGGCGAGAUGGCGUGUUUUACCGUGUACGGCACGUGCUGCCGCCGGCGGGCGCGCCGCAUGGCGCACAUGAGCCUCAACUAUGCGUGUUUGACGCGCGUGAUUUCGUCUGGCGGCCUGUUCAUCGCCUGGGUCGUGCGGCUGAGCGCGAUACCGACGCAUGUCUCGACGGUGCGCCAAGCGCCGUCCGCGCUGACAGCAGCUCCUCUUCGCCGUGUGCGGCCUUCCGGUACGCGCGGAAACUCCCCAGCUGACGGCAGUACUCGCAGUUCUUCGUCGCGCUCCUCCUCUCCCUCCCGAAGCAGGUAG